GCCACUUCCGUAUUCUUGUUGCGCGCCAGUUUGAGAAUGACAGACUGUUUCCAGAAUAAAUGGCUUGUUCCAUAGCUUCAACAAGUUCUUCUGCCACGUUAGAGGACUGUAUUUGUCCAAUAUGUAUGAAUAUACUUAUUCAUCCGGUUACCAUGCCGUGUCAGCACGAACUUUGUAUGCCGUGUUUCAAACAAAAUGUAGAAGAGUCGUCGCUGCUUUGCCCGAUGUGUCGGACUAGAAUCGGCACAUGGGCAAGGUUGUCAACAAAACAAAACAAAUUGGUUAAUGAAAAACGAUGGCAAGAAAUACAGAAACUAUUUCCGGAAAAAGUGAAACGAAGGUUAGAAGGAGUAGAAAGUGAAGAAGAUGAAGACGACGUGCUUGAAACAUUUCACCAUCCUAUAGUUCAUAUCGCCGAACCAGGGGAAAUCAGAAAAGAAUAUGAAGAACAACUUCAAAAGUUACAAAAACAGAGGGAAGUUGAACAAAGUAAAGAGGAAGCCGAAAGUGCUGCAUUAAUACGGAAAUUACAACUAGAAGAAGAAGAAAGACAAAGGGAAUUGGAAAGACAGGCCGAGGAACAACGCCUUAAAGAUGAGGAACUAGCUAGACAGCUUAGUCAGGCUGCUGCUGAGACGAGUUUAAAUGAAGGUCUUGAGAAUAAUCUGCCGUUACAACCAGAGUCAAGAUCAUCCAGGGCUUCUUCUACUACAAGUAGUACAAGUAAUGGUAUUAACACUCUGGAUUCCUUCUUAAGUUCAGCUUCUAGCGUUCGUGACACGGCUGGUUCAUCAUUUUUAGAACACAAUCACGAAACAAGAUAUAAAGAAGAUAAGGAGAGAAAUAACAACGAUCAUUCAGUUCGUACAGUCAAUGGUUUUAUAUCAACUGGAAGUCCCCGAACAAAACAUGGUAACACGUCAUGGGUUGAAUCACAUCACGAACAGUCAGGCCUGUCAAAUAGUUCCAUCGCGGACACGUCAAAUUUCUUGGAGCAACACAGAGAAUUUGUCCGAAAUCAAUUCAAUGUUAUGUCCCGAUAUAGUGAUAGCAAUAACAAACACAAACCGGCAACAGUGACAUCAAAUUCAAACGUGAUCAAUCAUACAGUCGUUCGGAGUGAUUGCGAUUCAACGACAGAUAAUGAUGAUUCUUUAUCUUGCGAUCCCACGGAAUCGCGGCAUAUUGACUCGGAAUCUGCGACGUCUCUCGUGUCGGAUAAUUCAAAAAAAGCUGUUAAUAUUGUUGAGAGAAAUAGUGUACCCAAGAGGGUUGUGGGUCUCUUUCCACCCGAAGAAAACACAGCACUAUCAGUUGAUGAUAUAGUUAACACUAAUAAUAACAGAAAUAUUCUUUCUGAUGAUGAUGAUGGGGAUGAUGAAGUUGAUGGACAAACUUCUGAUAAUAUUAAUACAAACAAUAAUUCAUCGACCCCCUCGAAAAAAGCUAAAAAAUUACGUAAGAAAUCGGUAAAAGUGCCAUCUCCAAUGUUAAGUCCUCAGAGAUCUAUCAAAGACUGGUUUUCACCGAGUACUAAGACCAAAAAAGACAAUGUGACAAAACCAUCAAAAGCUAAAAAUACGGAACUUACUCCAAAGAAAAGAUCUGGCAGCGUGAAAGAGCGUGCAAGAACAACUGCCAAGAAAGUUGUCAAGAAAAAUAGGACUAGAUCCACAACCGUGUCACAGUCUACAAGAAAAAAACUGAUAUCAAGUCCACAAAAGAGAUCACGAAAAAGUUCCAGGUCUUUGGCGCUGUCUGAUGAAGACUAUCAGUCGGAUUAUGGAGACUCGGAGAAGAGCCUUCAGAAAACAAAAUCAGUAGUUGAAACAGACCUUGUUGUGCCAUCCCCACCUAAAAGACAAAAAAGGCAAAACAGCAAUUUAUCAAAAGAAAAAAAUGAAGAAGUAUUUGUGAACAGAGUUGAUAAAGCAAUGGAUGUCAGUGACGUAGAAGGGGGGACAACUCCAUUAAAGGAAUCUAGAAAGAAAGAUAAAAAAUAUGAUUCAGUUAUAACUCCAACAAAAACAUCUAAAAGCAAAAGGACAAUUUCUGUUAGAAGUAAAUUUGAUCAUUCAACAGAAAGUGAUGAAAAUAGUGCUAUAAAUAUGAAAGAAGAAAGUAAUUCUAAGAAAAAUCUAAAAUCGACAAAAUCCGCUAAGCAUUCAAUAAAUAAAACAAUGUCUGAUAGUGAAAUUGACGAAGACCUGAAAUUAGCAUUGGCAUUGCAGCAUCAGUUUGAUUUAGAAGAUAAACUUGCUCGACAAGUUGAUAGGUCCAAAGGCUCCGAAUCUGAAUAUUUAUUCCGACAAAAGCCAUCCACAUCUUCACCUACAAAACGUGCUUAACAAAACUUUUUUUAUUGGUUUUAUUUAAUUUGUGUGAUUCAGCGAUUAUUUUGUAAUAUUACUUUAAUAUGUGUUGGUUAUUGUAUUGGAUUAAUUCAUGGUUUUAUAACAAAAUAACCAAGGUUACAAAGGCAUUAAUCUAUCAUGAUAUUUUAUUUAAUUGAAUGUUUUCGUUUUUAAGCCUACAUGUACAUGUAUGGAUAUGAGUUUAGUUCAAGUUUAAUGCAUGUAUCAACUUUAUUUUAUUGAUGGGUUGUUCAUAUAAUUUGAUGGUGUAAGAAAGUUGUGAAUAAGGUAUUUUAUUUCUCACCCAAUAAUGAAUUACACAUGAAGAGCCCCGGGGAAGAACGAUCUAAGUCACUUUAUCAACGAACUCCAGUUAACGGCGCCAUCUGGUAGCAAAUUGUAUAAGCUUUCUGAGGAACAAUCAAUUUCAGGUAAAGGCCCUUCUGAAAUGGUCUUGCGGACAAAUACGUCCAUCAUACCCUCUAUUUUACCAAAAUUUGACCAAAAAGUUGAAGUCAGUAGUUUUAGUUGUACUAGUAAUUAUGAUUCGUAUUAAACGUCAUUUUGAAGUUGUAAUUAAACCCACUCGUUCAGUUCGCGUCAAGCAUUCUUGUCCAAAAGACUGUUUUGCCUUUUAUGCGAAAAGACAAAAAUGUGAUUUAGAUCGUUCUCCCCCUGGACUCUUCACAUGGUAUUUAGCAAUAUAUACAAGUACUGCCACAUGUACAUCUCCCAGCCAGGUGAUACAUGAUCCAUCUUUUCUAUUUUCUUUUGAAUGGCCGAAUGGUUAGCGCGUGCGCAUUGUAUCAUAAGGUCUGUCAUUGAGUCAACUGGCGUGGUUUCGAUUCUCCGGUUAUACAUGACAAGGAGUAGGGUCACCUGUUCAACCUUGUGGGUUUUCUCCUGGUCCUCUGGUUUCCUCCCACUGCUAAAUAUCCCUACACGCAAGCAAAUUAUUGAAAUAAAAUUAAACCAUGUGUUGGUCCAGAAAUGAUCUAGUUUGUGUCGAGUGGACAUUAAACCCCAUCUCUCUAUCUCUCUCUUGAAUUACUCUGGUUUAUGAAUGAUAUUGGGUGAAAUCAUAUACAAUGUACAUAUUUAUUGAUAUCCAAUUCAUCAACACUUGUUAAUCAAGUAGAUACAACUUGUGAUACCAUAGCAGACCAUUAAAAUUCUCUAAUCACCCAAUAUAAUUAAUGUACAAGGAAAAUAAAUAAACCGGUGACAAUAGUCAGAGCUUUAUGAAGUAGAAACAUGAACUAUUUGGUGACAAUAAGCAUUACCUAUCAGUAAUUGAUAUAUUCGCUUAGUGUGUCCCCUUCGCUGAAGGAUUCACCCGAAUGUAGAAUUCAUUAGCCAAUCACCACUCAUAUCGAGAAGUCACGUGAUUGUUUGAAGACAAUGGUCGUCGCCAUGUUAAAUCAUGUGACAUGAAAGGUGAUGCAAUCGACCGGUGAAUCGGGCGAAGCAUUCACCUAGUGUGUCCACCCAUUCGGUCAAACAAAAUUCAGCGCGGAUUGAUUUGGCUGAAUGAUUCGGCUAAUGUGUCCUUGCUUAACAAAUCAUAUUAUCAUUUACUUGGGCGUAAAUCCAGGAGAUUCUUUAAAUUAACCCUUAUUGUAUAUCUAUAUUAUAAAGUGUGAGUUAUAUGUAUUAUACUGACUGUGAGUUAUUAGAGAAUAUACAUAUUUUGUUUGCACCAUAGACUAAUGUGGUUUAUAUGUGUAUUUAAUAUUUUAUUCGACUAGAUAUUGCACAGUAGAAUAUUAUUAUUAUAUAUUGUUGGACCACUUUGUUAAGGCCAGCUCAAUUUUCAUCAAAGUCACCCAGAUGUAAAUAUGGUUAGGGCACGUGAUUGUUGGCGAGAUUGUAGGCUAGGGUUAGUUCUAGGGUUAGGAUUAGCACUAGCCCUGUUUACAUCUUGUGACCUUAGACCAAACUUGAAGUUGGCCUUAACAAAUAGAUCUAACCAUUGUCGUAUGACUUGAGCUUGGAAAUUAAACAUUGUGUCAGCAGAAUGUAGUUCUUCCUUUCUGCGACCAAUUAAAUACUAAAUGCAGCUACCCACAGCAUUUGUGGCCCUAUCAUGGUAGCUAAGGUAUUAGUAGACUGAUAGAAAUUCAAGAUUAAAAUAUAAAAUGCUUCAAUCAAAUCUUCCACAUAUUUUAACAUAAAAAGUGGUCUUCUUCGCUGCAAGUUGAAGGUGAUGCUAUGAUUAUAAGUUAACUUUAUGACAGUUAUAAAUAAAAUUUAAACCAGUC